AUGCCAAACGAAACAGCCACAUCAACUUCAACCAGCUGUUCAGCUUGGCAACAAUCCUCAUCAACGAAUUCCAAUGAUACUUCUAAAGAUACAUCACCUAAUACUGCUCUUUUACCACCUAAAGACUGGCCAAGUCUUGCUGAAGCAACUGUUGAAUCGUUGGUAACAACCAAUGAACAAACAGUAUUCAAUGAUAAUGAAACAAGAAUAUCUCAACCGAAUACACCUCGAACACGAAAUAUAAAAACAAAAGAAAAAUUGGUAGCAUUACCAUCAGAUCAUGAAGAGCAAGAAAAUGGUGAAGGUGAAACAUCGGUAACAACUAAUAAACAAAUAGUAUCUAAUGAUAAUGAAAAUGAAAAUUCUCAACCGAAUACACCUCGUACAAGAAAAAAGAAAGGAAAACAAAAAUGGGUACCAUUACCAUUAGAUCAACAAGAACAAGAAAAUAUUCAAGGUGAAACAUCAACAAAUACAAAUGCUCAAAACGGUGCUAAUCAACAGACAUCAAAAAAACUAGCAACAUCAUCAAAAGGAAAUCGUGCUAGUCGAAAUUCACGUAGUGCACAUGGAACUAAUCAAAAUCGUGCACGUAGUCUUGAUGAGGCUGCACCAAAAAAAAGUCGAAAAAAUCGUGCUGCAGCUGCAGCUGCAACAGCAACCACAGCUGCUUAUAAACAAGCCUAUGAUGGAUAUCAAGAUUAUUAUGCUUAUUAUUAUUAUGAUCAAACAGGUUUAGGUGAUCAUGGAACUCCAUGGUAUCAUGAUAAACAAAGUAAACGAAAAAAGAAAGUUGAAGGAACACUUGGUGUCGAUCCGAAUGCACAAACCGGAGAUACAAACACCGGUUCAGAUAUAACAGGCGCUAAUGAUACUCAUGAAACCGCUAUUAAACGUGAUGUGCAUAAUUUUAUAUUUGAUGAUGAAACGGUAGUUAUUGAUGAUUGUUCUUUUGUAUUGCCAUAUAUAGAAGGUGCUUAUUAUUAUCAAUCAACUACACCACCACCAGCUACUGAUAUACCUUUAACCAACAUUGAUGUUAAUACAGAUGAUUAUACAAUUCCACUUGUACCGGCUUACACUGAACAACAAUUAAGAGAACUUCUUCGACGUCAAGUUGAAUAUUAUUUUAGUACAGAAAAUCUUGAAGCAGAUAUAUUUCUUAGACAACAAAUGUCUAAAGAUGGUUAUGUACCAUUAUCACUUAUUGCAAGUUUUAAUCGAGUUCUAACAUUAUGUGAUGAUAUUAAUUUUAUUGCAGAUGCUGUUAAAGAUAGUCUAGUUGUUGAACUUAAUGAUAAAUGUAUGGUACGUUGCCGAACUGAACCAACACGAUGGCCACUUAUUAUGGAUGUUAGUAAUCAUUUAACAGCACUUAAUCCUGAUGUGCCUGAUUUUCAACCGGGUAAAAUAUGGAAAAAUGAGAAUGAGAAUAAUACAAUUCUUAAUGGACUUGAUGAUGAAUCACAGUUGCUAGAGAAAGGACGAAUCAAAACCAAUGAAGUUGAUUGGAGUCAUGUACCAACUAAACGAAAGAAACCAACAAAAAGAAAGGAGAAAAAAGACCAACAACAACAAACACAACAACAACAACAAUCCCAGAUAACUCCACAACAGCAACAACAACAACAGCAAUCAUCGGAUAAUCGUGAAGAAUUAGAUUUUCAAUUUGAUGAAGAAUUAUCUACUACACAAACAAAUUCAAAAACAAAUAAUACUAAUAAUACAUCAUCUGAUCUUUCAGCUUCAUUGCUUCCACAUAAUCGUCAAAAUCGACGUCGUACAACAUCACUAACACUUGAUUUACAUGAAGAACCAGAACGUGAUGACUUAGAUUUUGAAUUAGAUGAUGAUGAUAUUGAUAAAAUUCUUAUUAUAACACCAACACCACCAUCAAAUCGUAAACAACAUCAAAAAAAUCACGAUCAUACAGGCGAAUAUACACCACGAGCACGUAUGACAGCUGAAAUAGCCAAAAUUAUUGAUGAUGGUUUAAGAUGGUAUGAAGAAGAAUUAUGGCAUGAUCGACCAACAGCAGCAGCUAAUGAUAAAACAGUGAAAUUAAUAAGUCAAGAAGAAAUGGAUACAAUACGUAAAGUACCGAGUCAAUCACAACCGGUGAGUGGAAGAAAACCUAGUGUUGAAGAUAAUGAUGAUAAUAAUCAAGAUAUAAAUCAAAAUUUUCAAUCACAAGCUGAUAAAGAAAAUAAAUCGACGACAACAACAAUAGCAAAUGAUAAACAACCAUGUAGUCCAGCUAUUGCUAUUAUUCGUUCAAAUAAUCGUGCACCACCACAAGUUGAACCAUUCUAUCGACCAAAACAUUUACCUAUUUCAAAUCAACAGCAAAAUUCAUCACAAAUAUUAGCAAAUGAUUUUAUGUCACAUUCAUUACCUGUUAAUGCUGAUGCUCCAUUAGUUACUAAACCAAUAACAACAAAUACAAAUGAAAAAAAACAACGUUCACAAGCAUCAAAAGAACAUCCAGAAGAACCACGUACACCGCAUUCACGUGCAAAAAAUGCUGCUCGAUUUUAUCCAGUUACAAAAGAUGCUCCUGUUGUUAAACCAGAUACACCUGGUCUUAAACGUAAAACUCGUCAUAGUGAAAAUCCACCGGUGGAAAGUUCAGUUGGGUGGGUAUUUGAUUCACGUGGUCAUCCAUCAACGACAACAGCAGCAACAACAACAGCAGUAGCACCACCACCACCACCACCACCACCACCAACAACAACAACAACAACAAUGAAACAAAGAACCAGUACAACAACGAGUGCUACAACUCGACAACUAGAUCUUUAUGAUCAAUAUUCAUCAUCAUAUAAUGAGAAUCCUUAUUGGUAUGGCAAUACAUAUGGUAGUAAUUCGAAUUUAUAUGAUUAUUAUGGUUCAACACCUGUUGAAAUUCCUCAAUUUCAACAUCCAUCUCAUUCACUUUUACAACAAAAUGGCUUUACUCAACAAGUUUAUUUAAAAUAUAAACAACAAUGUCUUGAUGAACGAACUAAAUAUGGUCCUGGUCAAUCUAUGGAAAUGAAUACACUCUAUCGUUUUUGGUCAUUUUUCUUGCGUGAAAAUUUUAAUCGUCGUAUGUACAACGAAUUUAAACAAUAUGCUGUUGACGAUGGAAAAACUGGUCAUCGAUAUGGUCUUGAAUGUUUAUUUCGAUUUUAUACAUAUGGUCUUGAAAAACAUUUUCGUCAAGAAGUACUUGAAGAUUUUGAAAAUGAAACACUUCGUGAUCAUGAAGCUGGUCAAUUAUAUGGGCUAGAAAAAUUUUGGGCUUUUCUUAAAUAUUCUCGACGAAAACCAAAGAUUAAUACAAAAUUAGAAGAAAUUUUGAAAAAAUAUAAACGUCUCGAAGAUUUUCGUGUUGAAGGUGCUUCGUUUCCACAACAAUUUUUUCCAACGAAAUCAGGAAUUAUAACUGUCUCAGCACCAGAAGCAAUUGCAGCUGCAGCAGCAAAAGAAGCAGCAGCUACUGGAGGAACUAACAGUGAUACAACAACAACGGCUUACUCAUUAAAACUAAGUGGUGAACAUCUUCCAUCUCGUAAUCGUGCUCAACCACGACAACCGAAUCGACGGACAACUUCCGAACGGUGUUAA